UCGGCAACAGUGGUUGAUAGUAAACAGCUGGGCUAAUGAAACGAAUAUUUUUAUAACAUAAAAAUAAUAACAAUAAUGAGCGAAUCGCAAGAAACAACACAAAGUAAUGACUCAAAUGAAGUGUUAAUUGAAGAGAUCGAUAGCAACGAUGUGUCGGAGAACGAAUUGGCGCAGUUUCAAGAGACAGAACCGCUGCGAAUUGUGGAAAUCAUUGAAGAUUGCGACAAUGGAGAUGCGUCCGUAACUUUAGACGCUGCCCAAUCCGCUGAGGAGGAGGGUGCGUUGAUUAGACGCUAUGUACAAGGCGUGCAGUGCCUGGAGUUUCCCGAUUUCUGCACCAAACUCGAACCCGGUGAUGAGGAAGAUGAGGGUGAUGAGGAGGAGGAGGAAACGAACGCAGUGGGAACUAGCAACGAUGUGAACGAAUCUGAGGCUUCCACUAGCGCUGCAGCAGCUGCUAAGCGAUCCAGGCAAACAAAGGCGGAACCCGCAAGUGGCCGACCGGCAGCUGGUGGAGGCGGAGGAGGAGGAGGAAGUUUGGGACGACGCAGUCAGCUAAGCGCCGCUCUGUUGGGUCUCAUGGGCGAGGCGAAUCUGUCGUUUGCCUAUGGACGCUACGAGACAGCUGAGCGCAUAUGCAUGGAGAUCAUACGGCAGAAUCCGCUGGCCAGUGAGCCAUUUUAUACGUUGGCCGAGAUCUAUGAGAAUCGCGAUGAGGUCAAGUUUCUGCACUUCUCCACAAUAGCAGCGCAUCUGAAUCCGCAGGAUCGUGACAUGUGGAUACGCAUCUCGGAUUUACUAGUGCAGCAAGGGCAUCUGGCACGUGCCCGCAUCUGCUACACGAAGGCCAUCAAGGUGAUACACAAGGAUUACUUGCUGCGCUUGCGCAAGGCACAGUUGCUGGAGCGGAUGGGGGAGACAAACGCGGCAAUGUUUACGUAUUUAAAGAUGCUGCCGUUGAUGCCGCCAGGCGAGUGGAAUUUAUGUCUCAGCACAGCCAAAAAUGUAGCACGUUACUUUCAUGUGCUGGAGAAGCACACACUUGCCUUGGAGGCCAUGGAGGGAGCAUAUAAAGUGUGCGGGGCAAGAUUCACACUCGAAGACCUCAACAUCUAUAUGGAGUUGCUCAUACUGAACAAACUGUAUGUCAAGGUUCUGCGCUGUCUGCGAGAGCGCACCAAAUUGGACCUGGAAACGGAGCAGGACGAGAUGGAGAGCCUGGAGCUGAUCUACUUCUGUCACAUACCCGAUGACUUUUUACCCGAACUGCGCGCCAAGCUCUGCGUUAGCCUCAUCCACAUGCACGCCCACCACUUGCUGGGAUAUCUGGUGCAGAAUGUGCAGGAGCACAUACCACCCACUGUGGAUCGUGUCGAGUUGUACAUGGACAUCACCGAGGCCCUGAUGCAGGAGCACAAGUAUGCCGAGGCCAUUGCCCUGAUGCAACCCAUCACCGACGGCGACUCCUUUGACUGUCCGGCGUUUGUUUGGCUGCGCCAAGCGGAGUGUCUGCGUCAGAUCAAUCGCACCAAUGAGGCCAUACAAAGCUAUGCCCGUGUGGUUCAGCUUGCGCCGUACUGCUAUGAGGCGAAAUUUACGCUGUCAGCAUUGCUCAAGCAACUGGGCAGACAGGAGGAGGCGGUCAAGGCGCUGGAACAAUCCGGAGAGCAGGAGGGACAACCGUUGCAUGCCCGUCUUCUCUACGAGCGAUGCGUGAUGCUGCAGCAGAUUGGUCGCAUCGAGGAGUUUAUCGAUAUUGGCUAUGUGCUGCUCAGCCGACACUCAAUCAAGCUCAAGAACCGCGAGGAGAUGAUGGCAGCAGCCAACGGAGGCAGCGCCUACAACUCCGAGGGCCUCAAGGCCAUCAUGCAAAUGCGUAGCUUAGCCGCACUUGUCACAGGAACAGCCCAACAGGAGCCACAGGACACAUCGAAAGCUGCCAAUGCCGAGAGCUCUGAUCUGACGAUCAAGAACGAAUACGAUCUGUUCCUCGAACUGGUUCGCACCGCAUAUGCGCAUGGCAAGUACAGUGCCAUUGAGCGUAUUUGCUUCGCCAUGGUUACCACAAAGCGGUUUAUAUAUUACCACAACGAGAUCGAGCGCAUUAUGAUACUAGCCUGUUUCUUCAAUCGCGACUGCGCUGUUGCCUUCUCAUAUCUGCGUGAGCUGAUUGUCAAGCAGCCGGAGAAUGUUAGUCUGUGGAAUCUGCUGUCGCUAAUAAUUCAGCAGGGGGAUGACGUGCGCUACUUCCGGUACAUGCGACGCCUGCUGCAGCGACAGCCGUCAGUGACGCAGGAAAUGCGCGUCUUUUUGGGCCAUUAUCAUCUCAACUGCAGUUCGUACAAGUAUGCACUAAGCGUAUAUGUGCCCAUACUGCGGGAGCAUCCUCAUCCAUUGGUCGCUCUCUCCAUAGCCGUAGUCUUCAAUCAGCUGGCGCUCCAAAAGAAAGUGCUCCGCAAAUCGGCAGCUGUCGCUCAGUCCGUCGCAUUUGCUCAACGGUACGCGGAAUUACGUUCGGGCGGUAGAAAAGGCAGUGAUAACGAUGUUCCCUCAUCUUGUGCUGCUCAGCAGGAGAUCUUUUAUAACAUUGGACGUAUCUAUCAUCAAGCAAACAUUUUGCACCUCGCUACGGAAUACUACGAACGGGCUUUGGCCGUACAGCAUCCGCUGAUAAAAGAACAUGAUGAGAUUCUUGGACUACAGCACGAGGUUGCCUAUAAUCUCCAUCUAAUCUAUCGCAACAGUGGGAAUAAAUGGAAGGCGCGGCAGUGCUUAAUGCGUUAUUGUGUUGUAUAAUAAGGUCAAGAGAUUCUGAGAAAUUGACUAUAACUAUUCCAUUGACUUUAAAGUUUGACUGAUAAUAUUAGUUUGCGUUUCAUUCUUUAUGAACUAAAAAUACAUUUGAGAUAACUUGAUGGUGUUAAUCUAUUUAUAUUA